CAUUAUGUUAAUAAUAAAAAUAUAUAAUGUAAAUAUAUUUUUAUUUUUUUCUAUUCCUUAUUUAUUUGCCAUUGAUGGAAGUAUAAUAUUAAAAGAAUUGGGCGAAAAACAAUAUCAUUUAAUUAAAGCAAAAUCAUCCUUAUCUCAACAUGGAAUUUGUUGGCAAAAUGCUAUUAAAACAAUAAAAAUUGAUUGUAAUAAAUUAAAUGAUCAAGAACAUUCUCUUCUUGCCUUAAAAUUAACAAAUUGUUUUUUAAAAGAUAGUGGACAUGAGACAUAUGAUUGUUAUCUUAUUAAUUCAGAAUAUCAACGCAAAAAUUGUAUUAAUAAUAUGUCAGAUAGAGCAUUUAAUGUAUAUAAUGAAUUUUAUAUACAUACUAUGCACAUGUGUUUUUAUUUAAAUUAUGAAGCUUGGCAAGUUCAAACUGACAACAUGGUUAAACAAUUAUAUCAUGUUUCUUCUCGAAUGAAAGAACAAUUAUUAGAAGCUACAGAAAUGCAAGAAAUUAUACUUGAUAAUCAAAAACAGAGUCUACAAAUGCAAAAUAAACUUUUAAAUCAUGGAAAAGAACUUGGUAUUGUAUUAAAAUCUUCUUCUGAAAGUGUUAAUAAUUUAGUUAAAGAUUUCAAAGAAUCUGCAAAAGAUCAAAAAGAAUUAUUAUAUGAAAUCUUUUCAUACUUUCGUUCUUUUCAAAAUUGGAUUGUUGGAGAAGUUUCUUGGUUUCAAUCAAUUAUUUAUUACAUAAUUAGUUGUAUUUUAUGUGCAUUAUUUAGUUCUUCUAAAAAAACUGUAGAUGCAAGAAUCACUCUUUUUUCAAUUUUAAGUUUGAAUAUAAUAGUAGAACGAAUGUUGAUUCAAUAUUAUAAUAAUAUGCAUUAUUCCAAUGACAAUCAGAACUAUUUAUUGAAUACAAUAUGGAUAUGUAGAAAAGUAGUUCUUACUCUUUGUGCCAUUACAUUAUUCUGUACAUAUUAUUAUUAUAAAGAUGAACAAAUAGAAAAUAAUAAAGCAUUAAAACGUAUUGAACAUCAAUUAAACACUAUACAAGAAGUUACGUCUAUUUCUACUAAAUAUCCAAUUCAAACGUCCACUGAAGAGAGUUUGCACUUCAUCAGACAGUCGCUGAAAUCGAAAGAAAUGGAUCAUCUCGAAGGAAUUCAUUUUGAUCGAAAUUAUCCUCAUGUGUUUGUAACACUUGGAGCUUCUGGUGACUUAGCAAAGAAAAAAAUCUAUCCAACGCUAUGGUGGUUGUUUAGGGAUAAUCUUUUACCAAAAACUACCACAUUCUUUGGUUACGCACGUACAAAUAUGUCUGUGAACCAAUUACGAGCAAAAUGUCAUCCAUAUAUGAAAGUAAAAUCGGAUGAAGAGAAAAAGUAUGAAGAAUUUUGGAAAUUGAAUUAUUAUGUGGCUGGUCAAUAUGAUUCACAAAAAGGAUUCGAAAUGUUGAACAAUGAAUUGAAGAAAUACGAGGAAGGCUACAAUAUUACUAAUAGACUAUUUUAUUUGGCCUUACCACCGAAUGUAUUUGAAAAUGUAACUGUGCACAUUAGAAAUGUUUGUAUGAGUGAUAAAGGAUGGACUAGAGUAAUUAUAGAAAAACCAUUCGGUCGCGACGCGGCUACAUCACAGAUUUUGUCCGAUCAUCUCGCAUCCUUAUUCAGAGAAGAUCAGAUUUAUCGUAUCGAUCAUUAUUUGGGGAAAGAAAUGGUUCAAAAUUUAAUGACUCUACGAUUUGGUAAUCGAAUAUUCAGUCCAACAUGGAAUAGAGAUAAUGUGGCCUCUGUACAAAUUACAUUUAAAGAACCAUUUGGUACGCAAGGAAGAGGCGGCUAUUUCGAUGAAUUUGGUAUCAUUAGGGACGUCAUGCAGAAUCAUUUAUUACAAAUUUUGUCAUUGGUUGCGAUGGAGAAACCAGCGUCUUGUCAUCCGGAUGAUAUACGAGAUGAAAAGGUAAAAGUGUUAAAGUGCAUAAAGACUUUGACGCUGGACGAUGUUGUAUUAGGUCAAUAUAUUGGUGAUCCUGAAUCGGAUGAUCCUGAUGCUCGACUUGGCUAUUUGGAUGAUGCUACUGUACCUUCCGGUUCAAUUACGCCCACAUAUUCCCUUGCUGUGUUGAAAAUUAAUAAUGAGCGGUGGGAUGGUGUUCCGUUUAUCCUCAAAUGUGGAAAAGCUUUAAACGAACGAAAGGCAGAAGUUAGAAUACAAUAUCAGGAUGUUCCUGGCGAUAUAUUUGAUGGAAAAGCGAAAAGAAAUGAAUUGGUAAUUAGAGUACAACCAGGUGAAGCAUUAUAUAUUAAAAUGAUGACGAAAUCACCUGGUAUUACAUUCGAUAUGGAAGAAACAGAAUUAGAUCUUACAUAUGGUUCUAGAUAUAAGGAUCUAAAACUUCCGGAUGCAUAUGAACGAUUAAUUUUGGAUGUAUUUUGUGGCUCGCAAAUGCAUUUCGUACGUAAUGAUGAACUUUCGCAAGCAUGGAGAAUUUUUACGCCCUUGCUUCAUCAAAUAGAAAACGAAAGAAUUAAACCAAUUCCCUAUAAAUAUGGUUCACGAGGACCCAAAGAAGCAGAUGAAAUGGCAAAAGAAAAUAAUUUCGCUUAUUAUGGUUCAUACAAAUGGGUGAAACCAUAAAUAAAAUUUUUGUUAUGUAAUAAUGUACAAUUCUGUAUAUAUAUAUAUAUACAGAAUAUAUAUAGAAUAUAUACAGAAUAUAUAUAGAAUAUA